AUAGCCGUUACCCGCGUCCAGCUAUAUAUAACGCUCUGCCUCUCGCUCACGCUAGGGUUUUUGGCGCUCUUCAUUGAUCUCUUCAAAAUCUCGAUCUUCUUCUCAAUCUGAGAACCUCGACGCGACCUUGAGUCUUGGCCGUCUUCCGUCAACGCUAGGGCAAUGCAAGAAGGCAGAGCCUAUACUCGGACGCCGCUGUCCUUACUCUCGGCCUCCGAUUGUCCGAUCUCAAGGGAAGAAGCCUCUUCCGCCCCUCGUCGUGAGAAUUUAUCGGCAAAUCCUAUCGAGAGACUAGAUAUUUUCUCCAAUUUCGCUUUGUUUUCAGAUGAAGAUCGCGAUCGUGAUCUUGAUAAUCUAUCUCCCUACUCCAUCUUCAAGAUGCUCUUGAGAUAUAUUUGGGAACGCCAACGGAGCCCUAGCGAGCUGGAGGCCGAGAGGCUUAGGAAAAUUCGUGUCUUGAUGAGACUUCAUGCUAUUGUCUUCAAAGGAAUUUGGCAUUUGUUGCUAAGAAGAUUGAUAAUAUUUUACUUCAGGCGCUCGAUAAUGUGUGGGAAACUCAUUCUACUGGAGGAAAACAUGUUUUGUUAAUGGAUGCCUCAAGGAUCAAUCAAGGAAGAUAUUUCUUCUACUGUUCUGAUAUUGUUUCUUCUUACAAUUACGCUAUUGCAAACAGGUUGACAUUGGUAGACUACCAAUGUACCAAUUGUAAUGAUGAUUCAUCUUCUACAUUGGAAGAUAUUUAUCCUAUGUUUGACGAAUGUGGUUAAAUCUUGCAACUGUUUUUUGCGGUCUUUCUGGCGUGGAAGUUAAGGAAAGCGCUCCUAUAUUCUGAUCUAAUUCUGGUAUGACUACAGUUUUUGCCUUUUUGGAGGUUCAGGUCAACAAACUUUUACCCCGUUACAGGCAACAUGAUAAAAUUUCUAUCAUAGCUUAUGCUUAUUGACAUUUUGUUCUACUUUUGACUGCAUGAAUUUAUCUGUUAAUUUCUCUAUUUUGUAUCUGAAGUGGUAUUCAAGCACUAAAAAUAUCUCUGUGGAAUAAUCUGCCGGGGGUUCGUUGAUCAACUUGCUUCCUUGAAUCAUCAAUUCAUCACUGAAUCAGUUCCCCCAAAGGCAGAUUUCAAUGAUUUCAUCAGCAGAGUGAUUCUCUAUAUGAGCUCGCUUUCCAUGGUCCAAAAUUCGCAUGGUUGGGGAGGGUCGGUUUGACAUGGAAAAGACUUGUAAAGCUCUUGUAAUUCAUUUUCUGUCUUGUCAAUUUCUACUAGUUUCUGUUGCUCAUAUGCAGUAGAAUCGUGCGUAUAACUCUUCA